UCUAUAUCCGAACCAAAUUCCCUCCUUCCUUCUCCUCUACCCUCGUUUUCUGCUCUUUCUCUCUCUUCCCGCUUUUUUAAUCCUCUCUCUCACCUCCUCCUCCUCCUCCUCCUUCCCCAAAUCAGAUCUCUCACCCUCCGAUUCCUCCCCCGUCGAUUCCGUUUCUCACUCCAAUUCCGAUUCCAAUUCCUCUCUCUCUCCUGAACAAGCCCUCAAAGCUUCAAGAAGAGGGCUCGAUCGGUCCCCUGGGGGUUUUUCAACAAAUUGGUGAGCUUUCUGAGUUCAGAUGUCCACUUCGCAAGCUCCGAGCCAGCCGACGGACCAGAUCAUCCGGCAGACGCCGCCUUUGAAGAACCAACUGCCGUUCACGGCGUUGAAGCCGCCGUUUGGGGACUACCACAGGUUCUCGGCGGCCCCCGCGUUUGACCACAGGCAGAAGGAACCUGAGGCUAUCGUCGUCAAAUCGCCGCCAUUGAAGAGGAAGGGUGAAAUAGCAGAAUUUGAAGCUGAAUCGAGUGAGCGGAACCAUAACACUGGCUAUGCGGAAGCUGUUAGCAGUCCUUUUCAGACACCUGUAUCAAGGAAAGGGGGGAAGGCACAAAAAGUGCCAAGAAUGGCAAAGGGCAAUAGAACUGGAUCUCAAACUCCUUCAUCACAUGUUGGUUCUCCUUCUGGCAAUAAUCUUACUCCAGUUGGUCCCUGUCGAUAUGAUAGCUCUCUCGGUCUAUUGACAAAAAAGUUCAUCAAUCUGAUCAAACAUGCUGAAGAUGGUAUUCUUGAUCUAAAUAAAGCUGCUGACACGUUAGAGGUACAGAAGAGGAGGAUAUAUGAUAUAACCAAUGUCCUCGAAGGAAUUGGCCUUAUCGAAAAGAAACUCAAGAAUAGGAUUCAGUGGAAGGGAAUUGAUGUGUCAAGGCCAGGGGAGGUUGAGGAGAGUGUUUCAGCUAUACAGGAAGAAGUUGAAAACCUCUCUAUAGAGGAGUGCAGGCUAGAUGAACAAAUAAGAGAAAUGCAAGAAAGGUUGAGGGAGCUGAGUGAAAACGAGCACAAUCAGAGGUUGCUGUUUGUCACUGAAGAUGACAUCAAAAACUUACCCUGCUUCCAGAAUCAAACCCUUAUAGCAAUUAAAGCUCCACAUGGCACCACGCUAGAAGUCCCGGAUCCUGAUGAGGCAGUUGACUAUCCUCAGAGGAGAUACAGAGUAGUGCUUAGGAGCACCAUGGGUCCGGUAGAUGUUUACCUUGUCAGUCAAUUUGAGGAGAGAUUUGAAGAGAUCAAUGCUGUUGAGGCACCCCCAAGCAUUCCUCCAGCAUCAGGGCUAAUUGAAAACCCAGUUGCACCAGUGGUAACUGAAGAAAACAGACAAAGUAACGUAGAAAUGGAGGGACAAGAACCCCAUGGAACAUUCUCAGAUACACAUCCCUCGCCAGACUUCGUGAGUGGGAUCAUGAAGAUUGUUCCAGAAGUUGAAAGUGAUGCAGAUUACUGGCUUUUAUCAGAUGCUGCCGAUAUUAGCAUUACAGACAUGUGGAGUACAGAACCUGUUGUCGAAUGGAAUGACUUGGGUUCGCUUCAUGACCACUAUGCAAUGGCUAGUAUCAACACAACUCGUCCUCAAACUCCGCCCUCAAGUACAACAGAAGUGCCUUCCGCUGCUAAUAAUACUACAGGGUGAUGAAUGGGAUUUGCCAAUAAGUCUAAUCACGUAUGCUCGAGAAUGGUACCAGCUUUUUUGAGACAUUAUGUUCAAUCAUCUCUCCGUUAUCCCCAUUCAAGCCAACAGGUAGAGUUGAAGGCUCCAAGGGGUUUGGCCUCUCGAUGUUCCUACAAGUCCACGAACAAAGCUGGAUCACUAUACAGGGACGAUGGAGGUAACCAUGUUAUCAGAAGUUCCCCGUGUGUAUUCUUUUCUCUCUCGGCUUCUAUGUAAUGAUUAGGAUGUCGUGCAGUUUGUAGGGUUGGGCUUUGUAAAGUAAUGAGCUAGGUCGCUUCCACAUUUUAUAUAACCUUAUGCGAUUUGAUGUCUUGAUUUCCAUGCUAUGGUUUUCAUUCAUCUUUCAACUUAUUAGUAUAUCUUUUAAGUGUUUCAAUGAGCUUUCUACUCCAACGCAA